CAGUUCUUCCUCCCCCUGAGGGUUACCAGCUAGGAGGGUGGGAGGCCCAAUUACAGCGUUGGUAUUCGUACGGCGUCACGUACGGCGUCACGUACCUCAUGGGAAGACAGGGCGAAUGUGGGCGCGGGUGUGGUUCAUGUCGGUAAUGCUGGGUGGAUUUGGGGGUGUGUGUCUGCAAGAGACAUGUGGACGGAUACCUACCUGUGUGUAUUCCUCGCAGAUGUGGUGCCGGUCACUGGUCAGUCUUCUCCAAUCUCAGCAUGGCGGCGAGAUGAGGAAUUACUCGUACCUGCUUUUGGGGGGGGGGGCCAUGACUUGCUGGAUGAAAAUGCUUGUGCUGGCUCCAGCUGCUUGUGCUGUGCAUCGGAUCCGAGGGGGUACCACACGGGCAAAGCUGGAAGCGCAUUGGCUGAGGCCUGGCGGGAUUUGGUGCGAUUGGCACGAUUCUGCUCGAUUUCCAUGUCUUGCUGCACAGCACAGAUAACCUUUUUGCUGUUGCGCAUUACCUUAGUUAUGCCCGCUCGCGGCUUUUCCAAGGCAAGGCACCGAC